GAUUUAUUUUUUUCUACCUUUUAACUUUGAUAACCCAUACUAAACCCUUUCCAUCCAUGUAUAAGCAACCUCUUUUUGAAUCUUCAAAUUUUAUUUGGAGACACAAAAUUUCAUUUUGUGAACCAUUCAUGUAUAAGAAUAUUCUGUUGGUAAUACUGCAGAAAUAAAGUAAAAUUAAAUUUUAGCACAACGACAAAGGUGACUCAAGAUUGCUUUGAUAUUAUCAAUGGCAUAGUUGCAUAAUCCAAAGGGGAUUCACCAAAAUCUUUCAUCAGAAAUCAUAUUGUAUUUCGCAAAUAAGGUCUGAAUCCCAACUGCACUAUUUUCUCUUUGUUUUUGUUUUUUCUUCCCACUGAAUCUCCUUAUUGAAAUUUCUGACAUCGGCGCAAGAUGAGGCUAACCAUAUGCAUAAUAAUGUUGAUGGUUUUGUUCAUGACAAGUGGCAUUAAUAGCUUUGUGGGCAUCACAUGGGGCAGGAUGCAAACACAACAAUUGAGUCCAGCAAUGGUUGUUGAUUUGCUUUUACAGAAUAAGAUUCCAUCAUUGAGAUUAAUGACUUCAGGAUAUGAUAUCAUUGAAGUAUUUGCAGCCACUAAUAUUAGCAUUACUAUUACUAUGGGAAAUAGUUUCAUGUAUCAAGCAAAUAGGAAAGACCUUGCAUAUAAUUGGGUCAAUGAACGUAUCAAGAGUCCAAUCAACAAAGGUGUGAAUAUAGUGGAACUAACGGUUGGGUCUGAACCAUUUUCGAAUACGUUCUUGAAAAAAGUGUCAAAUUAUGAAGUGGUGAACAUGUUAAAACUCAUGCGAGAAAGUCUCGAUGCGAUGGAUUUAGGAUAUAUUAAAACGACGACCGCCCAUGGGAUGGAUGUUUUAAAGGUUUCAAAAUUUCCAUCAGAGGCCGAUUUUCGCGAUGACAUUAAAAAAGAAAUGCUUGAAUCCUUAGCCGAGUUCAAUCGGACCGGAGCCCCAUUUGUUCUCAUCCUGUUCCCCAUCCAUUUUGUUAAAGAAAUACUGAAAUACCCCAUGGAAUUCGCCUUCUUUGACAACAAUAGUGGGUUCACAAUAGAAGAUGGUAAUGUUACAUACACAAACGCGGUGGAGUUAAUGAUAGAUUUCGUUGCAUGGGCAAUAAAGAAAGCGGGAUAUCCCAAUAUGAAAAUUAGGAUUGCUCAAAUUGGAUGGCCUACGGAUGGAUAUUUACAUGCCAAUGUUCAAAAUGCAGAAAGAUUUCACAGGGGGUUACUGAAAUUUAUAUUAUCACAAAAAGGGACACCACUUAAACCAGGGCCUAUGGACAUAUAUUUGCAUAGCUUGUGUGAUGAGAAUAAUUUUGCUACAAUGUUUGGUACAUUUCAAAGACAUUGGGGUAUUUAUAGGGCAGAUGGCCAUCCAAAGUACAAGAUUGAUUUCUCAUUACAGGGGCACGACACGUAUCCAACACAGGCUAAGGGCAUAGUGAAAAUGCCAAAUCGAUGGUGCAUUUACAAUGGAGACAAAUCAAACUUGGAGUUGGUGCAUAGGAAUUAUGAGUUAGCAUGCAACGCUGCAGAUUGUACAAGAUUGGAACAAGGUGGUUCAUGUGAUGGACUUAAUUUUGAUUCCAAAAUGUCAUAUGCUUGGAAUGUAUUUUUCCAAAAGAACAAACAAGAAGUAAAAGCUUGUGAUUUUGAUGGUUUGGGUAGAAUUGUAGCAACAAAU